GCGCAGCUGCGGCUCUCUGGCGCGCGCCAGCGGCUCCGGCCCUCGCUGUCGUACCACUUCGACGCCGGGCGCUCGCAGCCGGAGGGUGGCGGGCGGAACUACUCGGCGGGCGCCGACCCGGCCGCCUGGAGGGACGCCGCGCCAGACCUCGGCGACGAG